CUAUACUUCCAGCAGCUGCGAACGACAAGCAAAACCUCAACUGGGCUCGAUAAAUGUAGUUUCAGUGGGAGAAACACUUGCACAGAAGAGAAGAAUGGGAACAUCGGUGCAGGUAACGCCUCUAUGCGGAGUAUACAACGAGAAUCCAUUAUCCUACUUGGUCUCCAUUGAUGGCUUUAAUUUCCUAAUCGAUUGCGGCUGGAACGACCACUUCGACCCCUCUCUUCUUCAACCUCUCUCCAGGGUAGCUUCGACGAUAGAUGCAGUAUUAUUGUCGCAUUCCGAUACGCUUCAUCUAGGCGCAUUGCCCUAUGCCAUGAAACAGCUUGGCCUCUUGGCUCCGGUUUAUUCUACUGAACCAGUCUACCGAUUAGGUCUCCUAACCAUGUAUGAUCACUACCUCUCUCGAAAGGCUGUUUCGGAAUUUGAUUUGUUUACUCUGGAUGAUAUUGAUUCUGCUUUUCAGAAUGUUACCAGGCUAACUUACUUUCAGAAUCAUCAUCUUUCUGGAAAAGGAGAGGGGAUUGUGAUUGCUCCUCAUGUGGCUGGGCAUCUCUUAGGAGGUACUAUUUGGAAGAUAACCAAGGAUGGUGAGGAUGUUGUAUAUGCUGUUGACUUCAAUCACCGUAAAGAAAGGCAUUUGAAUGGUACUGUUCUGGAAUCAUUUGUCCGACCUGCUGUUCUCAUAACUGAUGCCUAUAAUGCUUUGAGUAAUCAGCCUCCUAGACAGCAAAGAGACAAAGAAUUUCUAGAGAAGACUAUUUUAAAGACUCUAGAAGCGGGUGGAAAUGUAUUACUUCCUGUUGAUAGUGCUGGGCGAGUGCUGGAGCUUAUCUUAAUAAUGGAACAGUUCUGGGCACAACGUCUCUUGAACUAUCCAAUAUUCUUUCUGACAUAUGUUGCAUCAAGUACCAUUGACUAUGUCAAGAGUUUCUUAGAGUGGAUGAGUGAUUCAAUUGCAAAGUCUUUUGAAACUUCUCGUGACAAUGCUUUUCUUCUGAAGCAUGUGACACUUCUAGUCAACAAGAGUGAACUAGACAAUGCUCCAAAUGGUCCAAAGGUUGUUCUAGCAUCCAUGGCCAGUUUGGAAGCAGGUUUUUCGCAUGACAUAUUUGUUGAAUGGGCAGCAGAUGCUAAAAGCCAAGUGCUUUUCACGGAAAGAGGCCAAUUUGGCACCUUAGCUCGCAUGCUUCAGGCUGAUCCACCUCCAAAGGCAGUUAAAGUUACUAUGUCGAGGAGGGUUCCUUUAGUCGGGGAUGAGCUAAUUGCUUAUGAAGAAGAGCAAAAGCAAUUGAAAAGGGAGGAGGAACUGAAAGCUAGUAUGAUCAAAGAGGAAGAAUUAAAAGCAUCUCAUGGGCCUGAUAGCAAUACAGGUGAUCCAAUGGUCACUGAUGCUAGCAAUACUCUUGCUUCAGUAGAAGCUGGUUCACAUGGGACUGGAUACCGGGACAUAUUAAUUGAUGGAUUUGUUCCUCCACCCACUAGUGUUGCACCAAUGUUUCCGUUCUAUGAAAAUACUACUGAGUGGGACGAUUUUGGUGAAGUCAUAAAUCCUGAUGACUACGUAAUUAAGGAUGAUGACAUGGACCAGGCAGCUAUGCAUGUUGGAGGAGAUAUUGAUGGAAAACUUGAUGAAGGAUGUGCUAGUUUGAUACUUGAUACAAAGCCUUCAAAAGUUGUGUCCAAUGAAUUGACUGUUCAAGUGAAGUGUUCGCUGAUUUACAUGGAUUAUGAGGGUCGUUCUGAUGGACGGUCGAUUAAAUCAAUUCUUGCCCAUGUGGCUCCUCUGAAGCUUGUUUUGGUGCAUGGAUCAGCUGAGUCCACAGAACAUCUAAAGCAGCAUUGCUUAAAACAUGUCUGUCCUCAAGUUUAUGCCCCUCAAAUUGAAGAGACCAUUGAUGUUACGUCUGAUUUGUGUGCUUACAAGGUGCAAUUGUCCGAGAAGCUGAUGAGUAAUGUGCUCUUUAAAAAGUUGGGAGAUUAUGAAAUAGCUUGGGUGGAUGCUGAGGUAGGGAGAACAGAGAGUGGCAUGUUAUCAUUAUUACCCAUCACUACUUCAGCCCCCCCACAUAAAUCCGUUCUUGUUGGUGAUUUGAGAAUGGCGGAUUUCAAACAGUUCCUUGCUAGCAAGGGUGUCCAGGUUGAAUUUGCUGGUGGAGCAUUGCGAUGUGGAGAGUAUGUUACUCUUCGCAAAGUUGGGAAUGUAAGCCAGAAGGGCGGUGGUUCUGGCACUCAGCAAAUUGUUAUCGAAGGACCCUUGUGCGAAGACUACUACAAGAUUCGGGAGUAUCUCUAUUCACAAUUUUAUUUGCUUUAAUUGAGAUUUUGUACAUUGGAUAGGUUUCAUUUUGUUGUAUAAUUUUUUUCCCCAAUAUGGUGUAAGUUGUACCUUAAAUGUAUAAUGCUAGUUAAUUUAAUUUUAGGAUAAAUUAUCAAA